UCCCUGUGUGUUCUGACGUCAUUUCCGUACAAAACAGACAAUUGUUGACAAGAAACCCACAAAGAUGUCGAUGUCGGAAGACUCCGAUUAUGAUCACUCUGAUCACAUGGAAGAUGAUGAUUAUGAUUUUGGCGGUUACUAUGACAACGACACUGAUGACCUUGACAUAGACAAGCCCAAGAAGAGUGAAGAUCCUGAGUACUUUGAAUAUGAACUUCUGCAGGUAGAGGAUGUGGAACGUCUUCUAAAUGAAGAAGUGGAGGUCUUGUGUAGUGAAUUAAAGAUUGAUCCAUACCUUUCCAAAAUGCUGCUUCAGGUUCACGACUGGCAAAAAGACUCGAUUAUUGAACAACACAAAAGGAGCCCUUCCAAGUUAUUGGUCGAUUCCAAGAUCAUGCCUGCUCUCAAACAUCAGGAGGAUGCUGGGGUGGGCCAGAAGGAGUGCAGUGUGUGUUUCGAGCAGGCAAUGGCCGACACGUUCAGCUGUCUGACCUGCGGACACAUUUUCUGUAAGAACUGCUGGGAUAUCUAUUUCCAAAUACAGAUCAAACAAGGGAUCACUACAGGCAUUGAAUGCAUGCAGAAGGACUGCCAUAUUCUGGUCCCUGAGGAUUUCCUGUGCAAUGCCUUGUCAAAGCCUGAAUUACGAGACAAAUAUACACAAUUAUCCUUCACAGACCAUGUCAAGGGCCAUCCUGAGCUGAGAUUUUGCCCUGGUCCAAACUGUGCAGUAAUUGUCCGCUCUAGAGAACUGAAAUCAAAGAAAGUGGAAUGCAGUCAUUGUAAAACCACGUUUUGUUUUCGCUGUGGGAUUGACUACCAUGCCCCCACUGAUUGUGGAACAAUAAAAAAAUGGCUCACAAAAUGUGCUGAUGACUCGGAAACUGCCAACUAUAUUAGUGCUCACACCAAAGAUUGCCCUAAAUGUCAUGUGUGUAUAGAAAAGAAUGGAGGCUGUAAUCACAUGCAAUGCACCAAGUGUAAGUUUGACUUUUGCUGGAUGUGCCUGGGGGACUGGAAGGCCCACGGCAGCGAGUACUACGAGUGCAGUCGCUAUAAGGAGAACCCGAACAUCGCCAACGAGUCAGUCCACGCUCAGGCCAGGGAGGCGCUCAAGAAAUAUCUCUUCUAUUUCGAAAGGUACGAGAACCAUGCCAAAAGUCUUCAGUUGGAGGAACAGACCCUGCAGAGAAUCACAUCCAAAAUCCAGGACAAGGUCAUGAAGAACACAGGGACCUGGAUAGACUGGCAGUACUUGCUGGACGCUGCCACACUGCUGAAAAAGUGCCGGUACACACUGCAGUACACAUAUCCUUAUGCUUACUACAUGGAAAAGGGAGCUAGGAAACAGCUGUUUGAGUACCAGCAAGCGCAGUUAGAGGCGGAAGUGGAGAAUUUGUCAUGGAAAGUGGAGAGAGCUGAAAUUACCGACAGAGGGGAUCUAGAAAACCAAAUGGAUGUGGCUGAAAAACGAAGACUAACACUGUUAAAAGAUUUCUUGGAAAUAUGAACCAACUUUAUCUUUUGUUUGGGAACUGUGUGAAAUCUGUGAAUAACAGGUGAAAAUUUUUUCUUAUUUUCCUGUACGCAAAACCAUGACGCCAGGAAUUCUACCACUACAAGCUAGUGGUGAACACGAUCUUCAUUCAUGUCAUGAAGAGAACAGAUUGAUAUAUGCAUGUUCACAGCUGUGUAAAGAUGUGAGGUAAUCAAGAGAGGAAUUUAAGAUAAUAUGUGUGUCUUGCUUUUAAGAUAUCUAGUUCCAAAAUUAACUUUGGGGAUCUUUUGAAGUGUUUUUUUUUUGCUACAAUAUCAGAAAGUGUUUUCCUGUAUCAAAGUGCCAUGUGACAACUAAUAAAAAUACUUGGCAUCUGUGACUUGUUACAGACAUAGGCAAUUUUUUCUGGUGGUCACAGUGUUGAUUUUUUUUUUCAUAAGAGCUGGUUCAUUCAUGAUGACAUGCAUUCGUUUUAGUUGGCAUUUAACACUAUAAAAUUCUGGGUUCAAGUAACAGUAAAAUUAACAGGAUAUGCUUCCCACAUUGGUGUAAAUGCCAACUUUCCAUGCUAAGAGGUCCAGGUUUUUUUUUUUAAAUCUCUUGAAACAAAUUUCCAGUGUUGCACUUUUUCAAUUUUACUCUGAAGGUGCCCUUGAGAAAAUUAUUACUAAACUGACCUGCUUAGAAAAACAAGAUAUUAUGCUGUGAUCUCCUUCAUCAUAUUGAACUUUGCAUUCACAGAAUUUAUUCUGUAUAUCCCUAAUUCUGUCAAAAAUACGAGUCAUACUUCAGUUCUAUGAGAAAGGGAGAAAAAAAUAUCAUCAGUUUGCAUGCAUUCAUGUAACGUGUCAGGUAACUUUCAUUUUCGUUUUUCAUUUUUGCACGAGGUCAAAGGGAUAAUGUGUAAGAUGAGGUGUAGUUGUCAGAGAGGAAUAAAUGAAAGCCAAAAAAAAAGGUUAUUGUGAGAAAAUGUUGUCACAUCUGUGAAAAAUACUAGUCACAUGACAUUUACUGUAUGUAUAUUGUACUUAUUGUGUGUAUUUAUUGUAUUUAUUAAUGAGCUUUAUGUAUUAAUGAAUUUAUUUAUUCUUAUUUAUAGAAUAAGGAACUGUCUUUCUUUUAGCUACAAGAUAAUAUUGUUGUGAAUUUUUUUUUAAAUUGUGCAUGUUAACAAUUUUUUAUGCUACUUUAAAAAUAGAAAUCAUGUUCUUUUUUUUCCCAUACUUUUCCAUACCUCUCAUGUACUAAUAAAUCGUGUGUUGAUUUAGAAAAAAUAUCAUGAUUGAUUCGCUAAAUGCAUUUAAUAAAUAAGAUAAAAUUGAUGGUAACUUUGCUCUAGCCAUUUAAUAUUUGCGGAAGGAUGUACAUAUGGUAAUUGCAAUAUAUCAGAAGAAAUAUAAUGUAACAUUGGAAAACCAUAACAUUCCAAGUUAUAUCAGUAUUUUUCCAUACCCAAGAAAGAAUUGUUCUCAUAAAACUGCUGUAAAAAUGGGCUACAAGAAGAUUCAUGUAGCUUAUUUUGUACAUGUACUGUAGUUUACGUAAGAUGAUUUUUUCCAUGGACUGGAAAGCCCAUACUGUGGAUGCACAGUGUACACAUAUAAAAUUGAACUUGCUUGACAAGUCAAGGUAUAUUGUAUAAAAAAAAGUUGUGACUUUUCUUUUACAUGUAUAUCACAAAUAUUUUUCUUUAAUUGAUAUAAUCAUCCCUUAGAAAGACGUGCUAAAUAUCUUGAUCUGUAAUUGAUCCAUCAGACAUUUUUUUUCUAUUUGAUGAGUGAUGCGUAAAUUCAGAACAUGUAACAAUGGAACUUUCUUUAGUUAAUAUAAACAUGAUUUACCCUAAUGUAUAAUUAAGAUCUUCAGAUCUUAGCAAAGUUUUAACACAGUUUGACAGUUAAUGCAUUCUCACUGAGACAAUGGUCAAUGGUUUCAAUCAUUUCAUUUCCAUGAGUAUCUCAAUUGGUAUAAAAUUCAUUAGUUUCAUGUAUGAGUGUUUUCACUCCCAUUUAAAAAAGUCUCCGGGUCAGAACACGUUUCAAAAAGGAGGAUGUGUAUUCUGAAAAUGUGUGUGUUCAUGAUACCUGUACUUAAAUUAUAAUAUGCUUCUAAUAUGAUUUAAAAGAAUUGAAAUUGAUGAUUGAUGAUUGAUAUGUAUUUAAAUUCAUUUUUUGAAUACAGAUUCUGAAUAAUUUGAAAUUAUUAUGAAGAUUAGAUUUUCAAUGUAUAAAGGAAAAUUAAUGCACGUGUUGAAAUGAAAAAAAAAGCCGAUUUAUUUUGUUUGAAUUCAAAUACAUGAGAUGUAGCUACAUGUACAUGUUAUUGUUAAUAAAUACUGUAAAAAUAUGAAUGGAUUUUGGUACCAUUUCGUUAUGCUCAUAAGCAUAAGUUAAUUUUUCAUUUUAAGAUAUAACUUUAAUUUUAAUUUAACAAAUGAUAAAAUGAUGGUCGUAAUUUUAUUUUUUCUUUGGAAUUUCAGAGAACUAAAGAUAGGUUCUGUACUUCUGUUCUCCGUUUUUACAAACUUGCAAACUUAUUUAAAAUGGGAAUAUGAUAUUAACACCAUGUGUUUAUACGUCUACUAUAUAACCUUAAAAUGAUAUUUUUCAAGCAUUAAACAUGAUUACAUUUUCAUCAAUAAACUUAUUGUACUUAU